AUGGAGGCAGAAAAAGUAGAAGAUCGAGUAGUCGCAACAUGUCUGACACCAUCAAAGUUAAGAAGUCACGAUAUCGAUAAGAAAGUGUUGAAAUUAACCAAGCGAAUUAUAGGGACAUUGACAAGAGCUUUUGCCAACCAACAUAACAUAGCACAGAGAAAAAGAAAUUUCCACGAAGACAUGGACGACAACGAGAUCAACGCUGUUAACAGCCUGCCACAACUCGACUGUGGUGUGUUCCCGAAAUCGUACAUGGACACGUGUUCCUGCUGCCCUCGGGAGAUCUUUGACAAACACAAUGUCGACACUAUUAAUAACUACAGGAACAUCGUACUCAAGGAAGAUGAUUGCUGCAAGAAUCACUGGUCUAGAAAAGAACGAUAUCAGAAGAUUAAGACCAAAGUUGGCAGAGCUAUCAAGAGACACAAAAUAUUUUUGAUACGCGGCGAGUUACCAAAACUGAAGGAAGCUCUAGAGAAGAGAGGCUGGGUGCAGAAAUACGAAGCAACAAAAACGAGAACUCUACCUUACGGUAGCGUGGCCAGCUUAGAAGCGAGAUCAUUGGGUGAUUUGACUCAGCUGGACGGCAGUUUAAACGAGAAAGCGGUAAUUUUCGCUUUACUACGUCACAAAUCGCCAGACUUUAUAUGGGAUUGCAGAAAUGACUUCGUCGACUGGCAUCGUGGCCUCAGCAGUAAUACGAUUCUGAAUAGAUAUCAAAAGCCUUCCGUCUACACUUCAAAGUUAGGAAUGGCUCAUCUGCUGGAAGAGGCUCAUUGGCUGUACGAAAAAGACGUAUCGUCUGUUCUAUUCCCACGAAGUUAUAACCUAAGUAGAGAGCCGAAAGCUUUCCUCGAGGAUUUUCGUUUAACCGCCGUCGCUGGUUUACUGAAGUGGUUCGUCGAAAGAAUGCAAGAUGAACCGAGUUUGUCGGAGUCGGAGCAUCGUUCGAUUCCAAUGAGUCGACUGGAAUUCGCUAUAAAACGCUGCGAAGAAUUUAUUGCUUGCGAAAACCACCAGAACAUAGAUGAAGACUUCGUCACCGAGUUCUCGGAAGAGGAAUGGAAUUCCUUUUUGGACGAUUACACCGCGGCCGUACACGAGGGGGCUGAGAUCGAGACUAACACGGAGAAGAGUCGCGAACAGUUACAAAAAUAUUUCGACGCGGCAAAUGCAACGCUGACGAAAUUGAAAGAGGUCGACCCGCAGUACGAAUUAAACGGAAUGAGGAAUAUGUGGAUCUUGAAACCCAGUGAACUUUGUUGCGGCACGGGCAUCAGUAUAUCUCACAGCUUAAAGGACAUAUUUCGAAAGAUAAAGAGUAGACCGAAGGAUUAUUUCAUCGUUCAAAAAUACAUCGAACGUCCACUAUUAAUAUACGAUACGAAGUUCGACAUAAGAGUGUGGUAUCUGGUCACGAACACAUUCCCUUUAACGAUAUGGAUCUUCAAGGAAGGACUCCUCCGAUUCAGCUCGAAACCCUACACUUUCUCAACAUAUCACGAAGCGAUUCAUAUCUGCAAUACCGCCAUUCAGGAGAAGUACGACGAGGAGAGGAGGAGGCGGAGGAAACGUGGAAUUUCGGAGGAAGUCGUAAAAUCGAUCCGCGAUCAAGGAUGGGACUGCGAGAAGCUGAACGAAUAUUUAAAGCAAACAGGACACGAGGGUGAUCCGUAUUACGAGCAGAUCUACUCGAAAAUGUCCGAAGCCAUAGUUCUAACGAUGCUGGCUUCCCAAGAACACAUGGACAGACGGCGAUGUAGCUUCGAACUAUAUGGGGCCGAUUUCGUAGUGAUGGAGGACCUCUCGGUGUGGUUGAUCGAGAUCAACACGAAUCCCAGGAUGCACCCACCCAGCUCGAGAAUUACCAAACGCCUCUAUUCCAAUGUUCUCGAAAGCUUGGUGAAAGUGAUAAUGGACGUACCGAUGAAUCCGGCUGCUGAAACGGGUGGCUUCACCCUGGUAUACAAGCAGAACAUACCCGACUUCCGACCCUAUCUCGGCCCUUGCCUCUUCGUGUUCGGCAAGUCGAUAACGCUGCAGGAACAUCCGCGAAAACAGGAAAAGAGGAAGAAAUGUGGAAGCGGUUGGACAAAACAACAGCAACAGCAAAUGCGUGCAUGGACCGCACCACCGAUGAUUCCACGCUUAAGAGAGCCAAAAAUCGUCGAUUUUAUCGACUACUUGAACACGGCUCGUUGUACCGCCGCCAACUGA